GAGUGUUUAAUGAUUCCUUUUUUUGUCACAUUUAAAGGAGUUAUUCUGAUGCAUUUUUGCUCUUUUGAUCUACAGUUUUGCUUCGCAGGUUGUUUAUUCCCUGUUUUUAACUUGGAGAGAACUUUAAGCUAAAGGUCCUAAUAGACAGACCUGAUUUCAUACAAAUAAACUAAAUAAGCAGCAAGUCCUGUAGGGUUGUGUUGCUUCCAGAUCUGUGCAAGUGACAAUGCGAGUAUUCCUAUGUGUAACAACCCUGUCACUGCUGGCUCUGACAAUCGACUGCUCCAUUGCCCAGCAGUCUUCAGAGCAGUCCAAUUCCCUUGGUGGAACUGAGGGGCAGUGUGGCUGUCGUUGCUUACUGAGGCGACCAUCGCUGGAGCAGUGCAGGCGGAGUAAUGAACAGGGUGACUGGAGACAUCAGUCAUCUUUGAUACAACCGCUAACAUCUUGGGGGUCAAAGUGCAAGUGUCACUGUGAGAUUGUAGGUUACAGCCCCUGUGAGAAUGAAUUGAAGUUGGAAAGGCUGAAAAAUAAGAUUCCAGAUAUUGCAAAGAUCAAAUCUACAGUGAAGGUCCUUCAACAAGUUAUUGAAAAUGCUGACAUCCGACGUCUGAGCUCCAAUACCAACAGGGUCAUCACCCAUAUCAAAUCCCUGGAGCAGGUUUUAAGGACUCAUCAGAUGUCAGAAAAGGCAUUGCUAAAGAAGCUCCAGGGCUCUCUUUCUCAGAAUGCACUUCUUUACCAGAAUGUCAGUGAGGCAAUGAGGUUCCUGUCUCGUGAGAUCUACAAAGUCAAUGGCCACCUCAGACACACUGUGGUCAUGCAGCCAAGUAUAACAUUUAACAAUCACACUGCAGAUCAACAGCCUGUUAUAAUCGCACCCCACAACUCUGUGCCAGAUACAGACAAAUCUGCCAAUCAAUACACUAUGUCCUAUAACAGUAAAAAUCCCAAUAAUGUCACAGUGCACCUUAAUCAACUAACCCCGAGGGAAAAGAACCAAAGUUCCUCCACCUAUGAGGUAACAGAUCAAAAGAAGUUCACUAGCCCUAUUCCCCCUCAAUAUGGGAGUGAGGAGGAUUACUCUCAGAAGGAACUCGUCAACACAGCGCUGGAGAAUAAUUGCUCUGGGACUCUGAUUUCAGUUGGGCUCUCUGAGACUGUGGCUCACUUUGGUAGUAAGGAGGGAGCCUGGUUUAUGGACCCCUGGUUUCCUGUUGGACCAAUCUAUGUGGCUGAUAAACUUUUUGGUAGCACCCUACUGGAGUUCAAGGACCUUAAAGCUCUGAAACAGGAUAAUCCCUCCUCUCCACCUCACUACCUGCCCUGCAGCUAUUCAGGAACUGGACAUGCUGUCUACAAUGGCUCCUUCUAUUACCUCAAGGCCUUCACUCAAACCCUCAUCCGCUACAGCCUGGAAAAGCGAGCCCUGGCAGCCUGGGUUCAGCUGUAUGAUCUCGCAGUCCCUAGAAGUUCCGGGUCAGGUGUGGGCUGGCAGGGUCACAACGAGGUCUCUCUGGGGGUUGAUGAGUCUGGACUCUGGGCAGCCUACCCCUCUACCAGCUUUGGAGCUCUUCUAGAGGAUGAACUGGUUCUUGCGCGGUUAGACCCUGUGGAGCUGGUCCCACUGAAGGAUUCAGUCUGGAAAACAGGACUCCAGAGACCGCAGUAUGGUCUGUACUUCCUCAGCUGUGGCGUUCUGUAUUGUUUCCACCAGGGGGCACUACACUAUGCUUUUGACACAUACACUCAAGGUUGGAGCCCCAUUUCUCUGGCCUUCCCUAACAGAACUGCUUACUCACAUCUCACUCAGCUCUCUUAUUGCCCCUUGCGCAGAGCAUUGCUUGGUUGGGACAAUGCCACACAGGUAUUCUAUUCCCUCCUUUUCACUCAGUGAGGGAACAAAAACCUAAAUGAAACUAAACUGAAAUAUAACACAAGAUAAUUGGAUUCAUUUCUCUUUUCCUAAUUAAAACAAAAAAGAAUACAAACAAGAUUCAGCCAAUCUGCCAAAUUUGGUAGUUAAUAACUCAUCCGGCAAUUUUUGAAGGAAGCCAAAAUAUUGGCUUCAACAACACUGCUGAGUAGCUUGUUACAUACUCCCACAACCCUUUGGGUAAAGAAGAGUUGCCUUUCUAGGUUUAAAUUGCACCUCCACAUAUCUUCCACUGAUGUCCUCUGGUUCUAGUUUCACUGUUCACUGUGUUGGAUGCUCUUUUCUAGACUGACACCAGAGCAGCAAAAUAAUAGUACAGGUCUUCGGGAAUGUUAUGUAAAAUUAAUACUUCAGUAUUUAGAGAUAAGUGGUAGACCUUUAAUAAGACAUUUUUUUAAAGAAAUGCAUUUAUUUUCUGAUUAUGUACAGUACAGUACUAAUAAUGUUUAACAAAUUACAGCCAGCAGAUUGAACUUGGCUGUUGCCAUACAUCCUGGACUUUUGUUAUAAACUCAAUCAAAAGGCAUGGAGUUAUGGAAGAUUUGAACUAAGCAAUUAGAAGAAGAAGCACUUCAGGUAUUAAAAACAGAUUCAUAUCUACAUUGCUUCUCCACUUUUAGUUCGAUGUGUAAUAUGCACAUAUAAUCUGUGUAGCCUGAUUAUGUGUUUACUUGAUAGAAGGUCUGUCAUAAAUUACAGAAUGCUUUAUCUAUUCAUUGUUUUUCAUUCUUAAA